CGAAACCGUGAAACUGACGAUUCCGACCCAAUUUGAACCAGAACCACGAACAUCUCUAAUCUACAAUUAAUAAAACACAUAGGGCAAUAGCAUAAGUUGUAAAAUUGUACGUAUAUUUUUGUUCAAAAGAUUAAAAAAAAAAUCGCAGCAGCAAACGACCAGCAUUAAUUAAAAACAAGCAGAAAGGUAAUAUAAAAACUAAAAUUAGUGACAGCAUACCUAAACUGUAUGGUAUUCCACAUAUUAAAACAUGUUCACGUUUGACUGCUCAUUUGAAAGCUAAGAAUAUUGACUUGAUCAACUGCAAGUCUGCAAACUUAAAUGUAUUUUUCUGUAAGAGUUUCAAAUCUGACUUUGAAUAAUUUUCACCUGCUACGGCUCCUUUGCUCACCAUUUCACGCUUCAAGCCCACUCUCUCAAUCUCUCUCUCACUCUCUCUCUCACACGCACACACACACACACACACAGCCAUGAUCAUGAGAAUCUAUACUACUGUGAUUCUUGCUCUGAUCAUCCUAUGUUUCAGCACCAACACAUAUUUGUCCCAUGCAGCUGACACCAUUUCACCAAACCAAACUCUCUCCGGUGAUCAAACCAUCAUUUCAUCCGGUGGUGGAUUCGAGCUUGGAUUUUUCACUACAGGUAAAUCUUCCAAACAUUACAUAGGCAUAUGGUACAAAAAAACCACUGAAAAAACUGUGAUUUGGGUUGCAAAUAGAGAAACUCCCAUUUCAGACAAACACUCUGCCCACCUCAAGAUUUCACAAGGAAAUCUGGUGCUCGUAAACGAAUCCCAAAUCGAGAUUUGGUCCACUGGUCUAAACACCACAGAUUCAAGUAGUUCUGUAUCUGCAGUGCUUCUUGAUGAUGGGAACUUGGUUUUAAGACAAGGGUUAGGCUCAAAUUCUUCGUCUCCGGCACAAAAUUUAUGGGAAAGUUACAAUAACCCUUCUCACACAUGGAUGCCUGGUGCAAGAAUUGGUUACAACAAGAUUACUAAAAAGAAGCAAUUUCUUACAUCAUGGAAAAACUCUGAGGAUCCUGCUCCCGGAUUGUUCACACUCGAGCCGGAUCAAGAUAACAGCCAGUAUGUAAUAAGGAGGAAUAACAGUGAGCAGUAUUGGGCUAGUGGACCUUGGGAUGGUGAGCUUUUUAGCGCUGUGCCCGAAAUGAGGACAGCUCGUAAGAAUGGCUAUGAAUUCACAUAUGUUGACAAUGAGAAUGAGACCUCCUACACGUACACGAUUCGUGAUCCAUCAAUUAUAACAAGGCAGAUAUUGGAUGUCUCGGGGCAGGUAAAGCAGCUAAUUUGGAUGGGGGAUAACUGGAACGUGUACUGGAGUAAGCCGAUGCAAUGUGAGGUUCGUGCUUAUUGUGGAGAGUUUGGUGUGUGCAAGGAGCCCUCAUUUCCAUUCUGUAGUUGUUUGGAGGGAUUUAAGCAUAGGUUUGAAGAUGAGUGGGAGUUGAAUGAUUUCUCCGGUGGUUGUGUGCGAGAGGAUGCUUUGGAGUGUGGGAAUGCUGAUAGGAGAAAAGAUAAGUUUAUGAUGAGUUCCGGCAUGGGGUUGCCUCAGUACUCUCGACUGUUGAGUGUUGAGAGCAGAGGCGAAUGCGAAUCAACCUGCUCAAGUGCUUGCUCUUGCACAGCUUAUGCAUAUGAUGAAGGUGGAUGUUCACUUUGGGAUGGAGGGUUACUGAAUCUGCAACGGGUGAGUGAGGGGAAUAGCAGUGGGAGGUCUAUCUACAUUAGACUUUCUGCUUAUUCCACAGUGUUUCGAGGCCAAAAGAAUGAUAAGGGUGUUGUCAUUGGUGCUGCAGUGGGUAGUUCCGUGGUGGUUGUGGUCAUGUUAGCAGUUGUGGCUGCACUGUGGAGGAGGUGGAGACGAUCUGGGACUAAUAAAGUGGAGGGUUCUUUGGUGGCCUUUAAAUACAAAGAUUUAAAGAAUGCAACUAAGAAUUUCUCAGAUAAGUUGGGAGGAGGGGGUUUUGGAUCGGUUUAUAGAGGGACUUUACCUGACUCAACCGUCAUGGCUGUGAAGAAACUUGAGGGCGCUAACCAAGGAGAGAAGCAGUUCAGGGCAGAAGUCAGCACCAUUGGGACAAUCCAACAUGUGAAUCUUGUUAGGCUUCUCGGAUUCUGUCGUGAAGGUAAGAAGCAGUUGUUAGUCUAUGAGUACCUGAAAAAUGGUUCCUUGGAUUCGCAUCUCUUCAAAGCUGAGGAAUCUAUGGUUUUGGAGUGGAGAAUGAGGUACCAGAUCGCGCUGGGAAUAGCUAGAGGGCUAGUGUAUCUCCAUGAGAAGUGCAGGGACUGCAUCAUUCACUGUGAUAUAAAACCGGAGAACAUUCUUCUUGAUGCUGACUUCUGUCCCAAGGUGGGAGAUUUUGGCUUGGCAAAGCUCGUUGGUCGUGAUUUCAGCCGGGUUCUGACAACAAUGCGAGGAACCAGAGGUUAUCUUGCACCUGAGUGGUUAUCAGGAGUUGCCAUCACAACCAAAGCAGAUGUUUACAGCUAUGGGAUGUUGCUGUUUGAGCUUGUAUCAGGAAGGCGAAACACUGAGCUUUCAGCAGAUGAUAAUGCUAACUUCUUCCCUUCAUUGGCUGCAAGCGUGACAGUAAAUGGAGGCGACAUACCCGGUCUCUUGGACCCUUUAUUGAAUAGGCGUGCUGAUGAAGAAGAGUUGUCCACAUUAUGCAAAGUUGCUUGCUGGUGCGUUCAAGAUGAUGAGAAUAGGAGACCUUCAAUGAGUCGAGUUGUACAGAUUCUUGAAGGAGUUGUGGGUGUGAGCUCGCCUCCGAUUCCACAGGGUCUCAGAGUCGUUUUAGCUGCAAGACAGGAACACAUAGUGUUCUUCAAUGAUUCCUCCGCAUCAAGUGUGCCCUCUUCACCUUCCAAGACAAACUCAUAAACAGCAAAUUAGUUCUGUAAGAUCAAAUAUUUGAGUAUUUCAAUGUUUUCAUAGUACUGUUAAUAUGUUAAUAUGUAAGAUCAAUAUGUUUUCAAUGUUUUCAUAGUCUUUCUCGGUUGAUACCA